CCAUGAAGCGACCCACCCAGCCAGCAGCAGUGUCACAGUAGUACGCUGCGCUCUCGUAUACACGGUGGGUGAGUGGUGUCACAGCGAAUUGUUUCCUUCAAAAGUUACUUACUGGACGUUCGAGAUCAGUGCGUUAUCGUUUUUCCGUCGAAGGACAUUUAUCGUUUGAUCGAAAACUGAACGAGCACCGGCGAACGAGUGUUUAAUAAAGCUCGAGGAGGAAAGAUGUGGAAGGGGAUGCUGGUGCCAGCACUGCUGGGCGUCUUGAUGGUCUGCCGGGUCCAGGCGGUGUCGGAGAGGCUCGAGUUGGCACCCGCUGGAGGAAGAUCAGAGCCUCAGGUGGCCACAUUAUGCGAGGCCGGCGAGGUGUAUUUGGCACAGCACAUGGGCGAACAGGGCCGUUGGGUCUCCUCUUCUGACCAGAAGAGCUGCAUGACUGACAAGCUUGAAAUCCUUGACUACUGCAAGAAGGCUUACCCAAAGAGAGACAUUACCAACAUCGUAGAGUCGUCGCACUACGUGAGGGUUAGCGGAUGGUGCAAGCCGGGAAGAACUAAAUGCAAAUUGUCACGUUGGGUCAAGCCGUACAGAUGUCUCGAAGGACCGUUCCAAAGCGACGCAUUGCUCGUUCCGGAAGGCUGCCUUUUCGACCACCUCCACAAUCAGACGAAAUGCUGGGAAUCUCACAGAUGGAACGCGACCGCAGCUGAUACGUGCAGGGAGAGGAACAUGAAUCUGCGAAGUUUCGCGAUGCUGCUUCCAUGCGGAAUAUCGCUCUUCUCCGGUGUCGAAUUCGUGUGCUGCCCGAAACACCUCAAAGAGAAUAUGAAGCCAAAGAAACCGAUCGACUUGCCGAUCCCGAAAGGUGUGGACGAAGAUCUUGACGAAGACGAAGACGACCUUGACGACGAGGACGACCUAGACGCUGACACGGAUGACGAAGAUGAUUCUGAAGCGGAUUCUGAAGACGUGCUCAGCGAUCAACCCGACGAUGACGACAGCGAUGAAGAGUAUCUCGAUGACUAUGAUACUACGACGAGUCGAUUGUCAACCACGGUCUCGACAACGGAAAAACCGAAGCAAGAUGUGACCGCGAUGCCGUUGCCGGUUAGCACCAGCACUCAGCAGCAAUCGCCGCAAUCACAAAGCACGCCGGAUCCGUAUCUGACUCAUUUCGAUCCCCGAUCCGAGCACCAGAGCUACAAGCAGGCACAAAUGAGGCUCGAAGAGGUGCACAAGGAGAAAGUAACAAAAGUGAUGAAGGACUGGAGUGAUCUCGAGGAGAAGUAUCAAGACAUUCGCGCGCACGAUCCGAUCGCCGCCGACGCUUUCAAACGAUGGAUGACCGCGCGAUUCCAGGAGACCGUCGCUGCUCUCGAAGAGAGCGGAGCCGCGGAGAAGCAUCAGUUAAGCGCUAUGCAUCAGCAAAGAGUACAGGAAGCUGUUAAACAAAGGAACGAGGAAGCGAUGUCGUGUUAUACCGCUGCUCUCAACGAGACGCCGCCAAACAUGCAUCGCAUCCAGAAGUGUCUGCAGAAACUGUUGCGCGCCCUGCACAAAGACAGGCAUCACACUAUCGCCCAUUACAAACAUUUGUUGGACAGCAGCUUGGAACAGGCUCAACGUGAGAAGCCGGCGACGUUGGAGCACUUGGCGGAGAUCGAUAGGAUUACUAAUCAGAGUCUAUUGAUGUUAGAACGGUACCCUGAUUUAAGCGCAAAAAUUGGCCGGCUUAUGGAUGAUUACGUUUUGGCCCUCAGGAGCAAAGAUGAGACUCCUGGCCUGCUGCUAGCGAUGACACGUGAAGCGGAAGCAGCCAUUUUAGACAAAUAUCAGGCUGACGUCACCAGCAAGCAGCAAGAAAAAGAACAUCAAAAGCAACUGGAGCGCGCGCGUAAAGAGCAACGCAAAGCGGAACGUGGCGAGUUACGCACGGAACAAGCGCAACAGGAAGAAAACGAGUCGAUAAACGAGAAUAAGGAUACUCAACAACAACCAGAACAACCAUCGGCAGUGGCAGCUAUGCACAGCGAGGGACUCAUUAGGGCAGCUCACAGCAUGACGCAUGAAAUUUCCCACUCUGAACCGGAAUAUUCCGUGAGGAGACAGGUGUAUCACAGGGAAAGUCGAUCCGUCUACUUUACCCUCGCGUUCGCUGGAAUAGCACUCAUGGCUGCUGCGGUGGUCGGUGUAGCAGUAUUUAAAAGGCGCAGUGCAAGAAGCCCUCACAGUCAGGGAUUUAUCGAGGUCGACCAAGCGGCUACACCGGAAGAGCGACACGUCGCGAACAUGCAGAUCAACGGAUACGAGAAUCCGACAUACAAAUACUUCGAGAUUAAAGAAUAAUUGAAUCACCUCGGUCUACAAAGAGAUUUAAUUUGAAACUGAAAUCUUUAAUUGUCCGUUAUCUCGCGUAUGUUCUUCAAGAAUCUCAUAGUAUUUUGUUAGUGUAAGAUAUUAUAAAAUACCUUUCAGGUUCGAGGUUCUUCCGAAGAUUCGAAAAGUUAUACAAAUCUAUGUCUUAGCGAUAUACAUAAUAUGGAGUAUAAAAUCUGUCCAUAGAGAGAUAGGUGAAUAUUGCGUAUACAUUAUCAUUAUGUAACACACACACACACGCGUCUCUUUAUUAUAGCCCGCGGCGUUAUACGACCACAUUUAAGACGAUCUAUGAUAUGUAUAAAGCAAUGUUUCGUAAAUAACAUCUAGUAGAUAAACGUCCACGUAAUGCUCGUACCGUCUGGAUUUAUCUACGAGAGACAGUUCGAAAGGGAAACAACAUGCCAAUGUGCCAUAUGGGAAGUGCGCGAUAAAAAUGUUGUCUUCGGAAGUAUCUCAUACACGUUGUUUUCAUUUCGUUGUCAUACAUGUUAUUGAAAUCAAGAAACGCAGGAAGGAGCGCUCUUUAUUAAAAAAGAAACAAAAAAAACGAUAAUAAUCAUUACUCGCAUUAACGUUAACACGCGGUAUCCUUCGGUCGGAAGGCUGUGGACUAUGAUUAACGACUCAUCGUUUACGAGCAAUAGGAAAUGCGUAUUGUCUCGUCGAUGACGCAUCUGCGGUAUGCGUGUGCUGUUUGCGCUCUUUGCUGUACUACUUCUGAGUUCUGAUAUUUUUCGAGAUAGUAAAUGGCAAUAAUGGUAAACGCAGCUUAAAUAAAAAACAAACUAUGGUAGCAGCGGUAGCGGCUUGCACAGUGGCAGCAUAAAAGUAUCAUAAUCCGACUUAAAGAAAAACUAAUAAUAAAGAAAGCAUAUUACUAGCGUGUUGCGCGAGGAAAACGUAUAUGCUCUAACCGAUGCUCCUAAAAUAUCAGAACGGCGAUCAAAAAUGCACGUUCACCUUUGUGAUGCAGCUGUUUUAAUUCAUCUCCGUUCGAUUCCCACUGCCUGAUUUUUUCAGCGACCUUUUUCAGUACUUAAUCGUCUUAACUUUAGAUUAUACAACUUUAUACUUAAUAAGAGAAAAAUUGAAUCACGCGACGUAUCUAAAGUUGAAGAACGAGAUGCAAGAUAUUUUAUCAUUCCAUAAUAAUAACAAGAGUCCACUAAAGUCUUAUCGAGGUGCUGUCCCGAACGUAUUGCAUGGAAAAUAUUCGGCAGCUUCGUUCGACUCGGCCGAAACUACCGCGUCGCGUUUCAUUUUUUACUUUUCAAAUGGAAACGCGUACGGAUCGAAAGAGUCACGCCGAGGUCGCCGAAUAAGAGGAACAGUCUCAAACACAGGAGUUUUUUUGAGUGGCAUUAGGUACCUCCGAUUUAGCUCGAAUAAGUGGCGAAUGUUAAGAAAGACGAAAGAGAAGAGAAUCGUGUUUUUCUGUCUUACUUUUGUUUCACCGUCUCUUUUUUUUCUCCCCUUAUCGAAAGAUGGUUCAUACAAUAACUAUCUUAGGAUAUUAAUUAUAUAUGAUGACGAUAAUAUAUUACACGUUUAAUGCUUAUAUAUUUGUAUAUGGUCAAACAAAAAAAAAAUGGUAGUAGGCUGCACUUUAGCCAGGGUCGCGUGGGGAAGCAUAGCUUUCGUUUUAAUUGCACCGUCGAUUCAUUAUUAGACUGCGAUUGCAUUCCUUUGUAUCGAUUAAUUACUCGUAUCGGGGUAUAUCUGAAUUAAUAAUAUUUGAUAAGCGAUUGUGUACAAUUUUAGCCGCGCAAGUAUUAUGUUGAUAAUUGACGACGAUUUAACGAUGCUUUUGAUAAUAAAAUAUGACCGUCUACGCAACACGUACGCGUCAUAAUUUUGCAUAAUGAUUGUACACAUUCCGUAAGAUGUUUGUUUCUCUUAUGCUAAUUUUGCUAAAACGAAUUAAGCGGAUGCGCAAACCGGGGAUGGUGAACAAUGAUCCUCGGAUUCCUAAGCGCACGUGAAAGCAGCUGCCUUCCUAUUUAGCGAAAACGGGAAACGGUUCUCGAGUGUUUGUCUCACGCAACUCCGGUGGAAGAUACAAAAGCCGAUGAGAAAAAAUAAGUAUAUACACAGGCACACACAUUCGCGCAUCGCUGAGUGUUAAAAAUAUUAUUUUAGAUAUAUUAAAGAGAAGGCAAAAAAGAAAUGAUAGCAAUUAACAUUAAAAUAAUACUGUCUAUGGAGGUAACGACAAGAGCAUAGCGUAACAUCAAUGCGUUAAUAUUAAUAAUAAUAAUAAUAAUAAUAUAAAUAUCUAUAUAUAAAUA